GUUUUCAUUUUUUCAAAGUUUUUGGAUACUGAAAUACAGGGGAAUCUUAUAAAAUGGUUUUACAAAAUUCAGGAAAAUUUAGACCAGAAAGACCUGAAAAAGCAGAACCAUCAAAUCAUGGUACGGAAACUGUGAAUAGGGAAGAAAGUUCAGAAUUUCGUCUUCGACAAGUCAUUGAAAAUGAAAAUAUUGAUCUUCAAUAUGGUUUUGAACACAUCAAGGAUCAUAAAGAACAAACAGGAUUUCUUCUCAACAUGCAUUCGACUGAAAUUCUUGAUGAAGAUAAAAGGCUAUGUGCUGCUGUUGAUUUUUAUUUUAUGGAAGAAGAUGGUACACGCUUCAAAGUAGCAUACCCAUUCAUGCCAUAUUUUUACAUUUUAACUAAGAGGGAACUGUUGCAAGAAGUUAUAGAAUUCUUAUCCAAAAAAUAUACUGGCACAAUAGCCCACAUAGAAAUGGUCAUUAAGGAGGAUUUGGAUUUGCCUAACCAUCUUAUUGGGCUGAAACAAAAGUAUAUUAAGUUGUCUUUUAUGAAUCAAACUGAUCUAAUAAAAGUAAGGAAAGAAAUCCUGAAAGUUGUCCGCAAAAAUAGACAAAGAGUUGAUGCAAAUUCUUAUUAUACAGAGAUGUUGACUAACUCCUUGACUAUUUCUGCCAAUGAUGUGGGUCAUCACAGUAAGAGAAAUACUGAUCAAAUGGAGAACAUCAUGGACAUCAGGGAAUAUGAUGUUCCAUACCAUGUUAGGGUAUCAAUUGAUCUGAAAAUAUUUUGUGGGUCAUGGUAUACUGUGAAGUCUAAGGGAAAAGAUGUGCCUCCUUCAAUCACACUAAGAAGUGAUAUUAUUGAACGCCCUGAGCCUAUUGUUUUAGCUUUUGACAUUGAAACAACUAAAUUACCCUUGAAAUUUCCUGAUUCAGCCACAGAUCAAAUAAUGAUGAUUUCAUAUAUGAUAGAUGGUUUGGGCUACCUGAUUACUAAUAGAGAAAUUAUAUCUGCUGACAUUGAAGAUUUUGAGUACACACCCAAACCUGAAUUUGAAGGCAGAUUUGUGAUAUUCAAUGAACCCAAUGAGAUGAGCCUAAUUCAGAAAUUCUUCAAUCACAUCCUUGAAGUCAGACCACACAUUUUUGUUACAUAUAAUGGUGAUUUUUUUGAUUGGCCAUUUAUUGAAGCCAGAGCUGCUUCUUAUGACUUGGAUAUGAAACAGAGUAUAGGGUUUUCUAGGAACAAAGAAGGCAUCUAUGUCUGCAGACCAGCUAUGCAUAUGGAUUGCCUAUGUUGGGUAAAAAGAGAUUCUUAUUUGCCUGUAGGAUCACAAAAUCUGAAAGCUGUUGCCAAAGCAAAACUGAGAUAUGACCCUGUAGAAUUAGACCCUGAAGAAAUGUGCCCACUGGCUGCUUCCCAACCUCAGGUCCUGUCAAACUAUUCAGUUUCUGAUGCAGUUGCCACCUACUACCUCUACAUGCAGUAUGUCCAUCCAUUUAUCUUUGCACUGUGUACCAUCAUUCCUUGUGAGCCAGAUGAAGUUCUCAGAAAGGGAUCAGGUACAUUGUGUGAAUCUCUCCUCAUGGUAGAGGCUUUCCACGCCAACAUUAUUUACCCUAAUAAAGAAGAAACCGAACUGAACAAACUCACCAGAGAUGGACAUGUACUCCAGCAAGAGACCUAUGUAGGGGGUCAUGUAGAAGCUCUCGAAGCGGGAGUUUUCAGAGCAGACAUACCUUGCCGCUUCAGGAUCGUUCCUGAAGCGAUAGAUAUGCUUGUGAGUCAGAUUCUCAAGACGUUGGAGCAUGCAAUCGUCAUAGAGGAAGGCGUUCCCAUGGACACUGUUACAAAUUUGGAAGAAGUCAGUGAGGAGAUUAAAGCGAAAUUAUUAGCUCUCAAGGAUCAACCAAUGAGAUUAGAGAGGCCACUGAUAUAUCAUUUAGAUGUUGGCGCCAUGUAUCCCAACAUCAUUUUAACCAAUAGAUUGCAACCAUGUGCCAUGGUUGAUGAAACCAUAUGUGCAGCUUGUGAUUUCAAUAGACCAGGUGCACAAUGUCAACGAAGUAUGGCCUGGAUGAUGAGAGAAGAAUAUAUGCCUGCGUCUAGAAAUGAGUACCACAGAAUUCAACAACAGCUUGAGACUGAGAAGUUUCCACCUCAAUAUCCUGGAGGACAGCCUAGAGCUUUCCAUCAACUAUCUAGACUAGAUCAGGCUGAGUUAGAGAAGAAAAGGUUGUCGAUUUAUUGUAGAAAAGUGUACAAGAAGUUGAAGUGUACCAGAAUUGAAGAGAGGAAUACAACCAUCUGCCAGAGAGAAAAUUCAUUCUAUGUUGAUACUGUUCGAGCUUUCAGGGACAGAAGAUAUGAAUAUAAGGGUUUAUCAAAAAAAGCAAAGCAAGCGGUUACCCAGGCUAUAAAAGAAGGAGAUGCAUCCGAAAUAAAAUCAGCUAAAAAUAGAGAGGUCCUAUAUGAUUCCUUGCAGCUUGCCCACAAAUGUAUUCUCAAUUCAUUCUACGGAUAUGUUAUGAGACGAGGGGCACGUUGGCACAGUAUGGAAAUGGCAGGAAUUGUGUGUUUCACAGGAGCAAAUAUCAUUAUGAAGGCUCGUGAGAUAAUAGAACAAAUAGGCCGACCACUUGAAUUGGACACAGAUGGUAUCUGGUGUAUCCUCCCAGCGUCAUUUCCAGAAAACUUCACGGUAUUGACCACCCAUGAAAAAAAGAAGAAAUUCAAUAUCUCUUAUCCCAAUACUGUACUCAACGCCAUGGUCAAGCAACAUUUCACCAAUGAUCAAUAUCAUGAAUUGGUGAAUGCAGAAAAGUUGGAAUAUAGUCUUAAAAAUGAAAAUUCAAUAUUUUUCGAAGUUGAUGGUCCUUAUAAAGCUAUGGUAUUGCCCGCAAGUAAAGAGGAAGGUAAAAAGUUGAAGAAGAGAUAUGCUGUGUUCAAUUUUGAUGGAUCUCUAGCGGAACUGAAAGGUUUUGAGGUUAAAAGAAGAGGUGAGCUGCAACUGAUAAAAAAUUUCCAGUCCUCGGUAUUUGAGGCAUUUCUGAAAGGUGAUACUUUAGAGGCCUGUUAUGCUGCUGUUGCACAAGUUGCUGAUUAUUGGUUGGAUGUCCUAUUUUCGAAAGGAAGAAAUAUGCCUGAUACUGAGCUGUUUGCUCUUAUAUCGGAAAAUCGUUCGAUGUCAAAAAAACUGGAAGAAUAUGGAACGCAAAAGAGCUCAUCUAUUAGUACAGCCAAACGGUUGGCUGAGUUUUUGGGUGAUCAAAUGGUGAAAGAUGCAGGUUUGGCUUGUAAAUAUGUUAUUUCACGAAAACCCGAUGGUGCGCCAGUUACUGAAAGAGCUAUCCCAUUGGCGAUAUUCCAAGCUGAAGAAACUAUUCAGAAGCAUUAUCUGAGAAAAUGGUUGAGGGAUUCUUCUCUGAAUGAUAUUGAUAUCAGAGAUAUUCUAGACUGGAAUUAUUACAUUGAGAGAUUAGGAGGAGCCAUUCAAAAAAUUAUAACCAUUCCUGCUGCUAUGCAAGGAGUGCCAAAUCCAGUUCCUAGAGUUAGACACCCUGAUUGGUUGCAUAAGAAAAUGUUAGAAAAGAAUGACAAUUUCAAACAGAGACGCAUCAGUGACAUGUUCUCAGCGCUUCCUAAAGGAGCGAAACCCAGUUCCAGUAAUGGAAUCGAUAAAAAUCAAUCUGGUGAGAUCAAUGAUAUAGAGGAUAUCGCCAAAAAAGGAUCCAGUAGCGAGUCUUCUGUAGCUGUUGUGACUAAACGUAAGAGAGGAUCGGAUAAGGAGAAUGAGUUUUCUAAGGAAGAUUUGAACAAAUCUUGGAGAGAUGUACUCGGAAAUCCUCCUCCAAUUGGCAGUACAAAGGAGGAGUACACUGCUUGGAUUUUGUUCCAAAAAAGGAAAUGGUCAUUUCAAGCUCAGCAAAAGAAUAUUGGUCCCUCAAAUAAAAAGAAGAAAACGAAUGCUAGCAAUCCCUUGUUGAAAUCUUCUGCUCCUGGAACAAUGGGUGGGUUCAUUCAAAAAGCACAAAGAGCCUUAUUGACAGUUCCUUGGCAAAUUAUCCAAAUCGCACAAACCAAUACUCCUGGGGAAUUUCGAUUAUGGACUUUGGUUCAAUCUGAGUUACACUUGGUCAAAUUGGUAGUACCCAGAAUAUUUUAUGUGAAUUUGCGGACUCCAAAAGUUGUAGAAGAAGGUGCGUUGUUCAAGAAAUGCAAUCGAACAUUGCCUAGAUCAAGACCUGUGCACAAUUUGUAUUUAUAUUCUGUACCUGAGGAGUUAUACCAACAAUUUGCAAAUGGAAUGUUUUUGGACCAAACAAAUCCUGACGUUGAGGGAGUUUAUGAAACGCAAGUAACGCAAAUAUUCCGAGCUCUUCUCAGCAUCGGUUGCGUUUGCAAAGUGCUGCCUGGAGCUUCGAGCUUGGAAAGCUUCAGCCUGGACGAAUUAGAUAUGGUCAGCGUAGCCCGUCAGCCUUAUUUGCCGAAGGAUUCGAUGAAACAUCUGUAUUUCUAUCACCACAAGCACGCUUCGAAGCCCCAACAUAUGUUCGCUUUGUUCCUCACUCCUGUGAAGAAAGCCGUGAUAGUUGUAGUUGAUACUGUGAAGACUAAUCUGAUGCCCAACAUGGUGAAUCUGUAUCAAGCUGAGAGAUUGGCAAAAAAUCAAAAAAAUCCUGAUGAAGAAUUACUACCUCCAGAAGAUAUGUCUUUUGAAAUUAAAAUUGAAACGAAUUUGUCCCAGGUUUAUAAGAUAAUGCAGAAAGCUUUGCAAGCCUUCAAAGACGAAAAGAAGGGUCCCACUCUGGUUGCCUUCCAAUGUGCUAUGGAAAUACAGGAUUUGCAGCAUAAUAUUUCAAAUUUAUUAGAUUUCCCACAAGUCAAAAUACAUGUACAGGACAUAGAUGAACUCUAUAACGUUAUCGAUUGGCAAAAAAUUGGAGCCCGAGCUAUAAUUCGACAUUACUUGAAUAGUGAAAGAGUGCUGGAAUUGAUGACAGGACAGUGUAGAUAUUUCCAUGUACCUCUCGGUAAUAUGCCUUCUGAUCCUGCUCUAUUCGGAUCCGAUCUUUUUUAUGCCAGGCACUUGAGCAAACAUAAUCAUGUGCUGUGGUGUUCGACGACAGAUAAACCAGAUCUUGGGGGAACUCAGGAAAACGAUGCCAGACUUUUAGCUGAAAACCAAGAAGGAUCAUCAGAAGUAUGUAACUUGCCUGGUUGGUAUUCCACGGUCUGCGUAGAACUGGACAUCGACAGCUUAGCUAUAAAUACUUUACUUCAAUCUCACCACGUGACCGACAUAGAGGGCACAAGCAAUAUAACUGCAUUUGACGCUACCGCCGUUACUUCACUGGAUGACAUGAUGACUGGAAAUCAAACGUUGACUUACGACGAAACCGCUAGAUGUUCUGAGGCUUUCAAAAUUCUUAGGACUAUGGCAAGUGCGUGGAUGCGCGAUAUUUCUGUGUACAGAAAUGUGUUUGCAGAUUUUCAAGUCAUUCAUUUCUACAGGUGGCUUCGAUCUCCAAAGGCAUUACUUUAUGAUCCGGCUGUUCUGAGAACGUUACAAAAUUUAAUGAAGAAACUCUUUCUGCAACUGGUAGCCGAAUUCAAACGUUUGGGGUGUACAAUUAUCUAUGCGAAUUUCAACAAAAUCGUUCUUUGUUCCAAAAAGAAUAAUGUAGAAGAUGCAUUAGCCAAUGUGAAUUUCAUUGUAUCUUCAAUUCGUAAUAAGGAACUGUUUCAUUCUCUAGAAAUCACAUACAGGCAAUGUUGGGAACAACUUGUUUGGUUGGAUGUUGCCAAUCUUGGUGGUAUAAAAGGAAAAUUGCCGGCCAAUAUGCAGAAUGAGUCCCAAAAUGAUUCUCAGAAUGAAAACGAGGAAGAAGCUGAGGCUGAAGAAAAGGAUGAUGGGCCAAUCGUUGUGAUGAACUGGAAUAUCGCAGACCUCUUACCAGAGCAGGCAAGAUGCCGAAGUAACUUUAAUGCCGUAAUUGCCGGCUACAUCAAUGCCAUCUACACCAGAUUGAAGCACAACGAACGAACUACAGUGUCAGCAGCGGUACUGAGCCAACCAACAUUCGGAAUCGCACAGCAUGAGACAGUCGUCGAAUAUGCAAAGGAGUUGCUAGCUGGAGAGAUUAGUCAAACUUUAUUCCAGAUGACUGAGAAAAUUGACAAUCGGUUACCACCAUUGCCUGAUGGCACCAGUGCAGCUUUGGAAUUUGUUAAAACUAUAUGUUACAUUUUGGCUCUCGAACCGGCAGUGAAAGAUUCUGUAGAUACAUUGAAAAGCAAUCUACUUCGCUUAAUCGGUGUUGGUGAAUUUUCCGAAAAAGCUGUUUUCAGAGAUCAAACAGUUUCGUAUAUUAUUCCUCAAAUUAUAUGUAAGGCUUGUAAUCACUGUAGAGACAUUGAUUUGGGUAGAGACCAAUAUCGUUCUGAAACAGCUUGGCUCUGUCCUUUGUGCAACACACCUUAUGAUGGUGCAGAAAUCGAAUGUAUAUUACUGGAUAUCAUCAGUAGGAAGUUUUUGGCUUAUAAUUUGCAGGAUUUGCAGUGCAAGAAAUGUUCACAGAUUAAGUUGGAGAACCUGAUAAAACACUGCCAUUGUUCUUCAGAUUUCAAGUGUUUACAAUCGAGGACAGAUUUGAUUAAACUUUUACAAACAUUCUUGUCCCUAGCUGAAAAAUUUGGAAUGCUGGCUCUGAGUGAAACAGUUGAGCAAAUCCUCAAACUGUGCUAAGAGAUCUCCAAUUCUUCAUGUUGGUACUUAUUUUAAGUGUUCUUCUUUUAUAGAAGUUGAAUGUACACCCAUCAAGUAGGUCGUAAGUUUUAAUAUAUUUUUAGUUAUGAUGAUUUCUAUUCAUCUUUUCC